UUUCCACACUGAAAUUCAAGGGUAAACUGCGAAUUAUGGUAUGCUAGAUAAGAGCAUAUCGUUGUCGCGAGGCUGGUUAGUUAAAGUGUUAACCUGAGUGCUCGCAGCAUCCUAAGGUGUGGUAGCUCGACGAUCGACAACACGGAACUGCACUACUACACCGCUCACCUCGAAGGCAAUUGUAUCCGAUACAAACGACGGUGAAAAAUCAUGUUCCGACUAGCGGUUACAUCACGCUUCUGGCAGCAAAUCAUCCGGAGGGAAUUGUCUCAUCAAAGCAAUGGACUCACGCAGUUGCCCAACGUACUCGCAUUUGCUAGCGCUAGACGGGCGACACAUACGCAUGGAAUAAGCGCAGCGAGAUCGUUGUCGACAUCGCAGCCAAAAUUGCAAAGUGAAGAAGUCGAAGUUACAUUCGUUCGUGCAAAUGGGGAGCGAAUAAAAGCCAAGGGCAAAGUGGGCGAAUCACUGCUGGACUUGGUGGUCAACAACAAUGUCGAUUUCGAUGGGUUUGGAGCCUGCGAAGGUACCUUAACCUGCUCAACUUGCCAUCUAAUCUUCUCAAAACCAGACUACGAUCGGCUACCAGAGAAACCCAGUGAUGAAGAGCUAGAUAUGCUGGAUCUGGCGUAUGAACUAACGGACACCUCGCGGCUCGGUUGCCAAAUCACGUUAUCAAAAGAUUUGCAUGGACUUGAAGUGCGCGUACCAGCCACGAUCAAUGAUGCCAGAAGUUAAUCGACAGUGUAGUAUAUCCAGUCGCGCAUUCCGACCAUCCUCGUGCAGCAGCUUCCUCAUCGAACAAACUCAGGACACGCUUGAUACUGUCAGCUUUUCAUUCUAAAGACGCAUCAAGAUGGCUUUGUGCCUCGUUACUGUUAUUCCUUGUUUAUGUGUUCUUUCCAGUUGUAAAUAUAUCACGAAUUGCAUCAACUUGACGAUAUCUUCGGAUUAGGUUAGAGCGAGCACAUCACAGACGGAUGCAUAAUCGAUGAAGAGUUGCCAAAGGCUUAGUGGGAGAUGGUGCAUGGUUUAUUCAUUUCAAUCUUUCCUGUGUUUAUUAGAGAUGCGUCUCGAAGCGUAGAGGCCGUUAAGUAUUUCAGUAUUGGAAUGCUGAGCCAGUCAGUGUCAAGGGAAAUUAAAUCGCUUAUCAUUAUCUUUUGAAAAAAAAGUACAGAUUCAUUCGUAUCAAUUUGUUAGCUAUUAAAACACAACAAAUGCAGAAACACAGUUUCCUUCGCUUAACCGCUUUACAUCGGGGUUUUUGUUACUUUCCGGGAUUAUUUCUUUUAUAACACGAGACAAUGAGUAAAAUAAAAUUGACGUGUAAAUAAAUUGAAACAAA